AUGACGCGACGUGCCGAAGAGCAGGAGCAAAGUGGAAGCAACAUGGAAGAUUCGUCGCAAAGAGCAAUGAGCCGCCAAGAUAUUGAUCAAGUCCUUCAUUCUAAGCGGCGUAACGAAGUAAAAUCAUGCUAUCCUUGUCGACAACGAAAGGUAAAAUGUGAUCACAAGCAACCCUGCAGGACUUGUCUCAAAAGAGGAUACCCCGAAAUCUGCGUCUAUAAGAUUGAACCCGGCCAGAAUGUUCGAAGGGAAGAACGCAUCGAAAGCAGAGCUGUGAACUCACCUUCUCGCUCUCCAAGACAUCAUCGCCGUUUGACUCAAGUAGCAGAAUCCACUCUUAGUGCACCUGGCUUGGAACCAUCUCAACAGACUUAUGCUGGAGAAGAUUCUGUGCCAUCCAUUAUCGGCUCUCGGCAUGUUGAAAGUGGAAGCGCUCGAGAUAUCAGCUCAAUCCUUGGCCUAGGAAGCUCUUUUGCCAACUUUUCAUUAACUAAACCCAGAACACUAGAAGACCGAUGGUCGGAUCUUCUUAAUUUAAUACCUCAUCGACAGGAAGUCAUCACUUUUUUCAAUACCUACAAAGUCUCAGCAUAUCCAUUUAAUCCAUAUAUUGUCGAUUUAGAGAAUUUUGAACUAGAUGUUUGUGCCUACUUGAAUGCGUUUUCGGCGGGGGAAUUUACAGAAAAACAGCCUUCAGUUUGUUGGUCCUCCAAAAAGUCAAUUGAAACAAUUGGCCUCAUUCUGGCUGUCCUAGCUUCCGGGGCACACUUUUCAGACUUGGAACACUCUCAGAGGUCAAUUUUGUGUCAAGAGUUUGCUCGGCGGUCAUUCGAGGCAUUACGACUAGCCAAUUUCCUAUCUCGGCCUUCUAUGGCCAUUAUACAGACAAUCCUAAUACUAUGCCACACUUUGCAGAAUAAUGGCCAGUCAGAUGUUGCUUGGGUUUGGGUCGGGACGGUUGUACGUCUUGCUCAGACUAUGGGAAUGCAUUCCGAAAAGUCGAUGGCCAGGACAAACGAAGUUUCCAGAAACCAGGUUAAGGAACUCUGGCUUAUGAUUGUGUGGCAAGAUGUGCUGCUUAGUAUGUGUCACGACCGGCUUCCAGCCGUACCAAUACACGCAUGGAACAUGAACGAAGAAUUACCAAUUGACAACCGGUUGUCCUAUGUCGGGGUUAUGACCCAUAUAACACGGCUAGGUCUCAAGUUCAUGAACGCAAAAGCCGGUGGGAAUCUAGCCCUGGGAGAUUUGAUUGAUACGCUGGCCAUGAUUGACAAGACGUAUCAAAAGGCUCAGCCAUAUUUGAAGUCUAAAGAAGACUGUCAGAAUAUGCAACACCAUUUAGAGCGCCUAGCACUGAAACUGCACGUAUCCCAUUUAAUUUCCUUUGUAUGUCGCCCUGCGGUGAAGAAUUCCGAGCUCGCAAACAACUCGUCUUAUCAACUUCUCCGUCUGCGAGCGCGGGAAAGUCUAAUUGAGGCGACAAAGACAUUCCUGGAUUUCCAAGUUCUCAGCAUCGUUCCUAUGAGAAAUUGGUCCAUGAUUCACACCGUGAUUGGAUCGACUCUUCUGCUUAGUAUAUGGGAAGAGACACAUUGGGAUAAGGAGUGUCAGGACCUCCAACAGCGAGUCAUCGAAGUGUUUUCUGCUGUGGAAUCAAAAGAAGAUUGGGCAACGUCAGGCUCGGAAAAUAGUCAAUGGCUUUCCCAGAGACAUAUCUGGGCGCUGGUGUCGUUACGGAAUUCGGUCAAGGCAGCUAUGGAACGAAGCAGUGACAAUAGUCAACCGAAUGAUGGGAAUCCUGCUGAGUUUGAAAGACUGGAUUCAUCGUUCUCACCCAGCGGAUUCCCGCUGUCCUAUGACUCAAGUUUUGUCAAUGAAGCGGGAAGCUCUGAAUGGAUGAACCCGAGUCCUUGGGCAUAUCUGGAUUCAAUCAUGAACGUUCCGCUAUUUGAUUUGCCCGAGACCGAUCAAUAUCUUUAA